CUUCUCACCAACCUUCUAUUUUGCAUCCCCCAAUUCUGAAUAAACAAAAACUCGCCGGCGAAUCAAAACGCGGCAGAAAUGGCCGCACCUGAAGCCCCUCUGAACUAUGUAGGCGUCGCUAGAGCAUCCCCUGCUUUCCGCCUCAUGAAGCAAAUGGGUUGGGAAGAAGGAGAGGGGCUAGGGAAAGACAAACAGGGGAUCAAAGGACAUGUUAGAGUCAAAAAUAAGCAGGAUACUGCAGGCGUUGGUGUUGAGAAGCCAAAUCAUUGGGCAUUUGAUACUACUCAAUUUGAUAGUAUUCUCAAGAGAUUGAAAGUGCAAGCAGCUCAGCCAUCCAAGGAAGUUAGUGAGGAGAACGAUACGGAGGAAAAAACAGAGAGUGGAGUAGCUAGUGAUCGUCAAGAGAAAGUUGUUAAGGUUACUCGGCCACAAGGAAGAUACGCGAGAAGAGAGAGAGGGAAGCUUGUCCAAGCAUACUCUUUAAAGGAUCUUGAAGGAAUUUUAGUCAAAAAGGUUCAAGAGUCAUCAGACACUGAGACAGACAAUAAGGUAGAUAAAGAAGUUCCGUCUGCAGAGACAAAUGAGACUGAAGCUUUGUAUCGUUCAGCAUGCAGAGCCAAAGCUGUGUCUCAGGAUUGGUGGGGAUAUAAAACCGGAUUUGUAUCAGGAGGUUUUCUUGGAGCACAAAAUAAAAGGAAAUCUAACAGGCAUAGGAAUGGUGAAAAUAACAAUGAAAGGACUGCUUUCCAUGAAGAAGAUCAAGAAAACCUCUACAAACUUGUCCAAGAUAAUGCCACAUCUGGAAAGCAAGGACUGGGAAUUAGGACUCAACCAAAGAAAAUAGCUGGUGUUCAUUAUCAGGGCAAAAAGACAUCAUUUGGUGGCAGUGAUGAUGAGGAUUCUUUUGAUGAAGACAUGGAUUCGGCUGAUUAUGAUUCCUCAGUUGAAGAAAAACAUCAUGGUGCCUCAGCAAUGGACGGUGAUGAAAAAACCCCUAAUAAUGGGAAUACUACUGAUUUAAAUUCUUCUGGAAAACGGAAACGAGAUGAUACUCCAGAUAUAGAAAAUAAUGAACAAAAGGUGAAGUUGAAAAAGCUGUGUAAGCGGAUUCUCCGUCAGGUUUCUGGCAAGUCACUAAAGCUAAAAAAGCUUAAACUUCUUAUUGAAGAACAUUCGUCUUCUGUUUUUUCCAGUUUCUCUUCAAAAAAAGAUGCUAUUGCUUACUUGAAACAAAAGUUGGAAGAGAGUGCGAAGUUUUCUAUAGAUGGUAAAAGAGUGACCCUCACACACAGAAUGGCCUGAAAUUUUGGUUAUGCAUUCAGGCUGAUUGCGAAUUUCAGCUGAGACAUUUAUCAUCAAAUUUUACCAAAUUCAUUUUUGAUAAUUGGAAUAUUUUUAGUAAUUAGUUUUCAUUUGUAUCAUUAGGCCAUGUAAUAUUAUUGAGGGUCUAAUGAAAUUUAUCGUAUUAUCAUGAAUUUUGAUAAGGGCAAAGCAUGAACAAUAGGGAGCAUUUGUAUAAAUUUUAAAUUUCUAUUAUAAUGUACUGAAAUUUGUU